AUGUCUUCAGCAAAGUAUACACAAAUUGAAAGUAGAAAUGAUCAAAAAUUAGAUAGUUUAGCUAAUAAAUUGGCAACAUUUAGGAAUAUUAAUCAAGAAAUCAAUUCACAAGCAACACAAGAUAAUUCGAUGAUUGAUCAACUUUCAAAUUCAUUUGAUUCUUUAUUUAAUAAUUUAAAAAAUACAUCUCAUAGAUUAACAAGAUCAAUGCAAUCAGGCAAAGGUAUUUGGAAAAUGACUGGCCUUGCGUUAUUAUUAUUCUUUAUCCUUUAUCAUUUGUUAAAACUAUUUUAA